GAUUGCAAGCUCAUUAGCCAAGCCAGUGCUGGAGUCUAGUUCCUACCAGAACCAUGAAGUGUGAUCAUCAUGAUAGGCUUCUCUGCAUCAAAGCCAUAUUGUUCUGUGUCAUCCUGAUAUUCUGGAUUACAGGUCUGGUGUUUAUCUGUAUUGGGGCGUUGGUGCAGCUCAGACUGUCUGAUGUCUCGGUGGUCCUUGCUGAAACGUCCUCGGGGGUUCCCAUGGUUUUUACCAUCGUGGGGCUCACUAUAUUCUUUCUGUCUGGCUUUGGCGCCUUGGCUGCUCUGCGAGAAAACAAUACCCUUAUUAAAAUAUUCUCCGUGAUCAUGCUGCUGAUUUUUGUGGUGGAGAUAGUGGUGGGAAUUUCUGCCUUUACCUACAGAGAUCGGAUACAAAGUAUCGUGUCACAGAGAUUUCUCAAGGUUCUCCGCACGUAUGGCCAGGAGCCAAGACUAACAAACGCCAUAGACAGCAUCCAACAAGAGUUCCAGUGUUGUGGGGCACAGAAUUUUACAGACUGGCUGAACAGCACUCUCAACAUGCCUGCCACGUCCGUGCCAAGGAGCUGCUGCCGGAGGACUCAACCAGUGUGUGGCAACAAUGCUUUGGAUCACAUGGACAACUUAUUCCUGGAGGGUUGUGUUGUGAAGAUGAGAAAUUGGAUAUCGGAGCACAUUCAAGUUAUUGGGGCCAUGGGCCUGGGCCUUGGAUUCUCCCAGAUAUUUGGGAUUCUCCUCUCCUGGCUUCUUGUGAAUUUUCUACAGGAAAGCUAUGCCGCUGUGUAAACCUCCAGAUGAGUGGGAGAGAAACCAGUUUACAUCGUUGGCUGUGAUUCCUGUAAAUAUUGUUUUUCUUUAUUAAUGUCUCGGCCGCCAGCACUGUCAUACAGCUCGAUUCCCGUAAUGUCACGGUUUAUGGCGGCAGAAAUAAAACUAUUGGGACUUUACCCUCAGUGCUUCGGUCUCUGCUCUGUGUUUAAAUGGCGUGUUGGAAUUUAAACCGCAGUGUUAGAAGCUAUAAAAUCCUAUCUACGCAUCGCCCACCAUGUUACGAACAUUACACAGCUUGACAUUAAUAUGGGAUUUACUGCCAUGCUGUCCAUAUAGCGGUAAUGACCAGGUUUGUUGUUUGCGGCAGAACUAUUGCAUCAUUUAGUGGCGGCGGUCUAUUUCUGAAUUCCAUGUUGGGAGAAGAAUUAGCGUAGUAUAUGGACUGCAUAAACCUGCCUAUGGGUUGUCUAUGAUAGAUUCCCCUUUAAAGGCUGGAUUUAC